GUAUAACAAUGGAGUCCAUUGUUAUAAACAAAUUGACCUAAAUUUUGCGAAAGAAAGUUCAAAAGCACGCGAAAAAAAUAUUUUUUUGCGCCGGACACCAUUAAUAAAAUCGCCACUAGUAUCUUUAACCACUAGUUUAGCUUUGCAGAAUUUUCAAACAUGGCAAUUCACAAGUUUAUCAUUUCGCAAACAACAGCGUAAUGGCUUAAAUGGAACCGCUAAAAGUUUGAACUGUUUCCUUACCAGAGAAGAAAAGUGGAGCUUUGUUGUUUUCUGUUGACUCGCGAAGUUUAUAACCAAAAGGGCUUGUUGUGUCGUUCUUCGCAUGAAGUGCUGACAAAAAUGGCCGGCUCGGUUGCUCGAGGUAAGAUAUCGUCUUCCAGUAUCAUUCUUUUUCCUGUUUACUUGAAACGUAGAAUUUCUGCAAACAUUUCCUUUUAAAUUUGUUUGUCAUAAAACUUCGAUUUUUGAGCCAAGAUUUUCUUGUUAGAAAACGCUGAGUUCACGAAACGGCUUCUUCUACGCGAAUACACGGGAGUUGUAAACAAUCCAUCCAGCACAAAACUCAGCUACAGUAAACUGAAAAACGCCGUAUUGAAUCCUUCCAAGUCUUUUCUUGCCUUAAAAAAAGUCAGCCCUAGGAUUUUGUCGACUUUUAAAAGAUCGUUCUCUAAAAAAAUGGGAAAAAGACCGAGCUCACACAUUAUCCACUCGCUAGAAGGUGAAUAUUGUUGAAUAGUCCGAGAUAGCGAGCCAAUCAGAUUGCUUAAAUCACCAAGAUCACUGAGUGAGUAUAUACUAAAGUACAAUAGCAUCCUUUCAAUAUCUGACCAAUGAAAACGUCACAUUAAUUUAUUCAGCAACAACCUCUGGGCAUAAAAACAAAACAAUGAGAGUGUGGAAGCUCCCAAAAUAAACUACAGCACCGUUGUCUUCAUCGUUGAUAUUUGACGGCGUACUGACCAGUCUCCUCUACUAAGUAGGCCUUACCACUUUCUAAGCCGUAAGAUCAAAAUUUGAAUUCUCACUUGUUGCCCCUAUUCAUUUCCUACAGAAUUGUGGAGAAAAGUUGAUAAAAUAUCAAGAAAAUUCAUCUUGUGCGAACAUGUCGGUAAUUCUCAUGACCACUCUGUUUUACAAAGCAUUGAUAUUAGAAGGAGAAAUUUGAUGCUGAUCACCAUUAGGGCUUAAAGGGUUAAUCAACCAUAGCCGCCAGCGUAUAACCACCUCCCUUUUACCGCUUGCAACGGGCCACAAGAACGGGGAAAAACGGCGUCACUUGUUUACCGAAAUAAGCGUGAGGUAGUCAAAAAGGUUAGGGUAAAAUACAAACAUCAUUGAAAGUAUUUUGCCUCUAUCCACCUCAAAAGAAAAUCUCUUCCCUGAUACUUAACAUCGAGAAAUAAGCAUCUCGUACGAAGAAAAAUAUAUGGCGCGUCAAAUAAGUACAAUUUGUUUACAAGAAGCAAGAACAGUACCAUUCAUCCUUCUCCCGACAUUUUUUCGAGUUUUGUUCAGACUCUCCUACCCAUGGCUUGGGUUGGAAAUGAAUUAUAGCAAUUACUAUGAUUAAUGCAUUACAUUUGGCCGUUUGAAUCUAUGUCCCACUUUUCCUUGGCACUGUUUCAGUAACAGAUUCAGCGAAAGUCGCAUUUCAUUCUGAGCUGUCCAAUUUCAUUGAUUCACUUGCCGUAUUUCACAUACAUUUAAUUCUCAAAUAAAAUUCGGCACAUAUGAAAUGCGAAAUGCCCAUCUAAAAUAAAACGAUAAAGUUCCCGCCGAAUGAAAUUUAACUCCGAAAAGCAGAAAAAUAAUAGGCGAAUCUUUCAAUUAUUAAGUUAAUCUAAAGCUAGCGGGAAAAAAAAUACAAAAAUGGCAGAACUUGAUUGGAAUUGUUUAGGGGAAAGAGCCGCCUUCAAUUUUACGUUCACGUUUCAUUUUCGCGACUGAGACGACCAAAUUAUUUAUCUUGUUUUUGACGCAUCUACGAUCAGUUAAACCCACGCAGAUAAAUAUAUUUGCCUCGACUGAUAUCCGCUUUAAUAAGCUUCCAAAAGUACGCUUCUCUUUGCGCAUAAAAUGAUAGACAUGCUGAUAACAAUCCCUCCAAGGAAAACAACUGUUAGGUAAACGAAAUUUCACUGAUUGUGUUGAUGUGUAUUCAGAGAUCUGUUAAACACCUGUCGUCUAUAAUCCUUUGAGCGCGUGAAAUUUAUCUCUUGUUUAAAACUUUCAAGGAACUGUCCAAGGGAUCUUUAAGUUCUUUUAAUGAGGAAGGGCGAGAGUCAAUGAACGAAUCUGCGUAAUUAAACUAUUUCAUGAAAUGUUGCAUCAAUAUCAAACCAAGAGCAUCCUUUGUUCUAGAAGAUAGAUUCGUUAAACAAAAGUUUCAAACAUAGUAACAAAUUAAUUAUUGAUACUAGUAGUUUAUAUUUUCCCUUCUCUUUCCCCUAUUCAAAUUCGCAGAAGGUUUGUUUUAAAUCCAGAAAGGUACGGAAAAUUCUUUAUUAUUAGGAAAAUACGUUCGCUGACCUUUAAAGAAACUGUAAAAUACAAGUUGCGAACCAAGUUGUUGAGCUAUGAUAACCGCGGAGGACGAAGAAGGUGAAAAAGCAAGGGCUCUCCGUCGUAAACUUAUCAAAAAUAUUGUCGAAGCUAAACUAAAAAAUGAGCGAGAAAAUGAAAGACUUGGCAGACAGCUCGGUCAACUGGCGAAAGAGGAAGAACGAGAAAUGCGAAAUAUUCAGCGUAAUCUUGUUUCAUUAAGAAGCGAACUUCAGGCUAUCGAACCUGCAAAAACAAGUCAUAAACGACUUAAAGUAUCGAGCGCCGUUCAAACGCAUGUUAGUGACAGAGGAGACUUUCUGGUGGGUUCUUCAAGACGAGAGGACAGGCUAUAUCAGCGAAGGCAAUCUGAUUUCAGUUGCAGAUCACCAAUGAGUUUUCUUGAAUUAAGGCGUUUACCGCGAUUACAGUCUACAGAAGAGGGCCUUGUUGUUUGGCCUUUGCCUCCUGUCCGACACUCCAUCAGUUACGACAGGGAACUUCAGGGAUCGCUGAUCAAACAACGCGGGAGAAGUUUCGCUCUUCCUAAAAUUGAACUGCCCGAAAACGAUAAAGUUAAAGGCCGCAAGAGACUACAAUCAUCUCCGGCGGUAUUGAAGAGCCUAAGCACAAGCUAA